AUGGAUGGUACUGUGCUGCCUGAUGAGUUCCUCCAUACCCUCCGACUUUCCCUGAAGCCUUCCAGUAAUCUCGUCGACACCCUUGCGAACACCGGCGGUGAACCUGAAUCUGACUUCAUCCGCAAGCUCAUCGCAGCCGUCCUAUGGCACCGAAAGUUCGUCCUGACAUAUUACAUAUGGAUUGCGGCUGUGGUGGUUAUAUCCUGUGGCUUUGAGACUUACAAGAGGCGGCGACAUCGGAGCAAUGGUACUCGCAGCAGCAAUGUCGAUGUCAGCAAUGAUAGCGCCAUCGACCCGACCGCAUCUUCAUCAUCGAGCAGCACGUUGACAGGAGCGAAUACACCCCCUCAGAAAGAUGUUGACGAGGCCACGCCUCUGCUACUGCAGAAGGAAACAAAGGAACGCCCACACCUGCGGAAUCGGCUGGCAUCGUUCCUGCUCUACCAACCACGCCCUGUACCGGCCUUGACAUCUCCCAUCAACACCCUGCCAGAUAACGGCACAAGUCUCUCCAUCUUGUUCUUCCUGGCGCUCAACCUCUUCUACCUCUUCUUCCGCUCUCCACUCUCCGCGCAAUGGAUCUUCAUCCUUGUCGACCGGGCCGGCCUUCUCUUCGUGGUCAACCUUCCCGUGCUCUAUAUUUUGGCGGCCAAGAAUAAUCAACCUAUCAAAUUCCUGACUGGGUGGUCCUACGAAGGACUCAAUAUCUUCCAUCGCCGUCUGGGCGAAUGGAUGACUUGCUUUGCUGUUAUCCACAUGUUUGGGAUGUUCGUCGUGUGGUAUACCGUCCUUCAGCCCAUGGGAUUUACACUUCUCCACUACCUCACCACCAAAGUCGUCUUCUUAGGCAUUUGCGCCAUCGUCUCCUACUCCAUCAUAUAUAUCACAAGCAUUGGAUGGUUUCGCCGGCUUUACUACGAGGCGUUUCUGGGCCUGCACAUAUUCUUUCAGCUUGCGGCGUUGGUGUUUCUGUUCUUCCACUAUCCUACAGCUCCACCUUACGUGGGAGCUGCACUGGCCAUAUGGGUCAUCGACAGAGGCAUCUGGCGUAUAGCGACAUCAAGCCGGAAGUUCAUCGCCACAUUGGAAGUCGCUCCCGACGGACAAACCAUUUUAUUGCAUGCGGAAAUUCCACUACGGCAGCAGAAGUCGGCCUCAAGGAUCGUAAGAAAUCUCCGUUACGGCUGGGCACCAGGCCAACAUGUCUUCCUCACCAUCCCAUCAAUGGGCUUCAAAUAUCGCUUCCAAGCCCAUCCUUUCACUAUUGCAUCUCCGGCGCCACCAGCGAACUCAGUCAGCAGACACCUGAAAUCGUGGCCCCUGCAACUUACAAUCCGCGCCAUAGAAGGGUUCUCACUCGACCUCCUACACUACGCAAAAUUCCACCAACACUGCGAAAUCGUCCUGGAUGGACCGUAUGGCUCGGUCUCCGCCCUUGGAGCAGCCCACGCCGCUAGCCGUGUCUGUUUCGUCGCCGGUGGCAGUGGCAUUGCUGUCACGUACCCCUUGGCAUGGGACGUCCGUGUCUCAGCCUACGCCGAGGCAGACGCAAUCGUUGCCACAAGAACAGUAUACGAGAACGGCAGGAGGAAAUCGCCACCCGCAACCCUUGAAUGCAACCAACCCAUCCAGAAAUCGAAGUACAUGCACUUCUGGGUCCGGCAGGACGAACGGCACAAAGAGUGGAUCACGAUGGUUCCGAAAGCGACUGCCACGAUCCACGACCCUGCGCACACCGGCUUUAGAUACCCCGAUCAAGCUGCACAGGCUUCUAGAGUCGAAGAAGUAUCAAGUCUGAUCACCCGAGCGUUCGAUACCAGAGCUCCACCUCCCGAGGGCGGCCGACCAGAUAUGAAGACCGAGAUCUGGACGUGGGUCACCUCGAUCCAGGCGGGCGUGCCUUCGAGGUCUCCGUCGGCAACGACGCUUGAGGACGCUGCUUCAGAACCCUCCUUCGAUCUGUCACCAAACACGAAGACUAGCAUGGGACCUGCGCCUUCCCGGGACGAUAAGAUCUGCAUCAUCGUCUCCGGCCCGGAUGGCCUUGUGCGUGAUGUACGCAACAUCACCGCCGAACUUGUGAAGCAGGGAUGGGAUAUUGACGUGCAUGUCGAGAAGUUUGGCUGGUGA